CACGGCAGUAGCUAUGGUCGCUUUUGAGCAAUAUUUAGAGGAAGUUGGCUCGUUUGGAAAAUAUCAGAUAAUAGCACUGCUAUUUGCUUCUUUUUCACAAAUACCUUCCGGCUUCCACAAUGUUAAUUUCGUAUACAUCGGGGCAGCCCAGGACCACUAUUGCGCCCCACCCACUCAGUUAGGGGCGUUCAAUUUGACUGAGGCGCAAAUUAAGGCAUUGACGAUUCCCAUUGAGGUUAAAGAUGGGAAUGAACGUUAUUCUGAAUGCGAGCAGUAUGUAAUGAACUAUAGUGCUAUAACAUCGGAUGAUAUUCAAGGAUUGACAGAAUGGUUGGCUGGAAAUGGAACUCGUACAGAAUCACCAUUGAAUGCUUCUAAGGUGGAGAGCUGUGAAACUUGGGUGUACGAUACUAGCGUCUAUGAAACAACAGUUGUCUCCGAAUGGAAUCUUAUCUGCGAAAAGCAAGCUCUAAGGGCAACGACGCAGUCAAUCUUCAUGGUAGGGCGAUUUAUUGGUUCCUAUCUCUGUGGCUACUUAGCAGAUAGAUUUGGAAGAAAAGCAGUUGCUUGUUGGUGUCUCAUCAUCAAUAUAGUGUUCGGAAUUGGUUCCUCCUUCUCGCCUAACUACACAGUGUAUACUACUCUUCGGUUUGUCAUCGCAGCUUCUUACUCAGGGAUCAUCACUGCAGGCUUCAUAUGGCGUAAUUCAGAAUCUCCAAGGUGGUUGUUUUCAAAAGGAAGAUACAAAGAAGCGGCAGCCAUCUUGAAAACUAUUGCACGCGUAAAUGGAAAGAAACUGCCAAAAGAUGUCGUUGAGGCUCUCGAGAAUAUCCAUUCGAUUGAAACAAAGGACAAUAUAAAAACUCAUGGGAUGCUGAACUGUGCAGAUAAAAGUGAUGAUGUAACUUCUAAAUGUACUCGUGAACAUCCCGAAGCAGUCGAUACACUUGACCUUAUUCGGACACCAAACAUUCGAAGGGUCUCCAUAAUCUUCGCUUACAACUGGCUAACGGUCAUUCUGGUUUAUUACGGACUUAGCUGGAAUACCGGAAAUAUUGGCGGAGACCCGUAUAUAAAUCAGCUUAUCUCAGGGUCUAUGGAUAUUCUUGGCAACUGUUUAAUGUUGGUGUUAUUCACUAAGGUCGGGCGACGUCUUCCUAUGUGUUCCAUGCUGAUUACAGGUGGCGUUGCAUUAUUAAUGGCGUGCACGCUUCUUGGUAACGAAUCAAUGACGUCUAUCGUCAUCACCCUUGCGAUGUUAGGUAAACUUGCAAUAGGGUCAGCCGUUGCCAUGGUAUGGACUUACACUCCCGAAGCGUAUCCAACGUACUUGCGUGCAGCAGCGACUGGAGCAGGGUCUUCAAUAGCAAGAGUUGGAGCUAUUAUCGCUCCAUACUUACUUCUUUUGGGGGACGUCACAAACAAGUCCGUGCCUUUGGUCAUAUUCGGUGUGCUUUCCCUCGUCGCAGGUCUGAGUAAUCUUUGGCUUCCCGAGACGAGGGGAAAGGUCCUACCUGAGACGAUAUUGGAAGCAGAACAUUUCUUAGAAGGCCAGGAAGUGUUUACUUGCCGUCAAAAGGACCAGGAAACUACAAAACAAGAAAGAGAAGAUAUUUCAAAAUGUAUUGAUGAUUCAAAUACAUAGAAGCAAGAUCUUAGUACAACGCACAAUGGAGCUAAUCUAUAUUCACCCUGGUCAACUGCUCGACAACCCCUGACCAAAUUGUUGAGUUUUGGUUGCUAAUCGUUCUCAGAAAAGUGUUGACACAUGUUUAAUUUAUAUGUUUAACUAUAUGGAUGCUCAUUAUACUUGAUGCAAGGGAUAUCUCAGGGAAACAAAAUCUAUAUUUUCCCAGCAUCUGGGUAAUUAUGAUAAUCAAAAAGGCACAAUGUGACUUAUCAAUGAAUAUAUAAAUAUAAUACAUAUAUCCGCUAAUAAUACAACAUUUAGAUGAUCAAAUUAUUUUGAUUUUGUUGAACAUUAAACUCAACAAUGACGCCAAACUAGAUACUUUUAAUAAUUGAUAGCCUAAUACACCUUAGCCAAAAAUAGAGUCUAGGUGAUUUUAAUAUCGAUACAAUGAAGAUUAACCAACAGUGACGUCUAGAUAUUUUAAUAUUUGUAGUUUAACCAACGGCGACGUUUAAAUAUCAAUAAUUUAGUUUAGCCAAUGGUGACGUAGAAAUGAUUUUGAUAUUUGAUACAAUUAGCCAACGGCGAUGUUUAGAUAUUUUCAUAUUUGACACAAUGAAGUUUAAUAAUUUUGAUAUUUGAUAUCAUGUAGUUUAACCAACAUCGACGUCUAGAUGG